AACUGAAGACAUGGACGAUUGUGACGUCUUGAUUUACAGCGGUCAAGGUGGGGUCCAGAGGAGGGACGGUCAAAUGAUUGACCAGAAGUUCGAGAGGGGAAACCUCGCUUUGGAGAAGAGUUUGCACCGCGCGAACGACGUUCGUGUCUAUAAGCUCGUCCGGGUGCCCGGGCAGCCCGAAGGGUUUUCGCUGUGGAAAUCAAUUCAGCAGUGGAAAGAUGAGAUUAUCUCUCGACCGGGAAUUAUUUUGCCCGAUUUGACAUCGGGAGCAGAGAGCUUUCCUGUUUCGCUUGUAAACGAUGUGGAUAGUGAAAAGGGGCCCGCGCAUUUCGCGUACGUCUCGACUUUGAGAUACACUCGGCCUUUUUCUGUAACUAAGCCCUCGUUCGGUUGUCACUGCGUAGGUGGAUGCCAGCCUGGCGACUCGAACUGCCCGUGCACCCAGAGAAAUGACGGUGGUCUCAUUCCUUAUUCGUCUAUUGGGGUUCUUUUAAGGAUCAAAUCGCCGAUAUAUGAGUGUGGGCCCACAUGCGCGUGCCCUGCGAACUGCCGUAAUCGAACUUCACAGACAGGGGUUAAGGUCCGUUUGGAGGUGUUCAAGACGAAAAACCGAGGAUGGGGGCUCAGCCUGUUUAUGAACUCUUCUGGUUCGAAGAAGACUUCAUUUCCAGUUGUUAUUAGUGCUAAGAAUAAUGGGAAUGUGGCUCGUUUUAUGAACCAUAGCUGCUUGCCGAACGUGUUUUGGCAGCCGGUUUUGCGUGAGGGUGAUAAUGAAGUUUUUUUGCACGUGGCUUUUUUUGCUGCACGUCAUAUUCCACCCAUGCGGGAGUUGGCGUAUGACUAUGGGAAGGUUGCGAAUGGUAAUGGGGAAAAAGGGAAGAAGAAGUGCUUGUGUGGGACCACAAAGUGCAAGGGGAGCACCACAACCUCCUACCACUCUCCUCCAAUAGGGGAGGAGUUAGAUGCUGGUGGCAUUUGUAUCUGGGUUGCUUCUAAUCCCGGGAAUGUUCCAUCUGUGAGAUCAGGGGUGCAUUCAAACACACUUUCAAGAGGCACCAUGCGUCGAUGGAUUCUGAGUUCAUCUUUCACCAUUUGGGAUGUUUCACAAGGGCUGGGAACUCCUAUUCGAAGGGGCUUAGGGGGCAAUUUAAUUUUAAUACUAUGCAGCCAAGUUAUUGAGAAGAUAGCAUGGGAUGCUUCAGCGGAGAUACUUGCAGUAUCCUAUAGAGAUGGAGAUGAAUUGUACAAAGGUCUCAUAGCCAUAUUUGAUGUUAAGAGAACUCCCUUAAUUUCAACUUCAUUGAUUGGAUUUAUCCGAGGGCCUGGGGACAAUCCGAAGCCAUUAGCAUUUUCAUUCCACGACAAGUUCAAACAAGGACCAUUGCUUUCUGUGGUUUUUACCGAGAUUGAAACUGGUUCAUGCCGCAUGGAAUUUGGUAAAGAAAUCUCUUUGCACCAUGAACUUCAAUUUAGAAGUGUUCAAAUGGAGAGAGGUCUAGGUUCUGAUUCAAAUGCCACUCCAGUUUCAAUCGACAAAUCUACAAUCUUAGAAGUGAAGCCUCUAAAAACCCUAGUCCCCAUUUUCCCCAAUUCACCUGGCCUGUCCCCAAACACUGCUGCUCAGCCCACGGGCCCAUUUCCCACCGGUGUCCAGCCGUUUUACCCCUUCCUUUCCCCAAACGGGCCACACCACUCCAAUUCGGGCCCCCAGCACAAUCUUCCGCAGCCCAAUUUCGGAUUCUCCCCUGGCAGCAUCCCUGCCCCAGUCCCUCUCAACUCAUUUAGAACUCCCAUCCCUCAGUCAAACGGGUUGGGCCAGCCCAAACGGUCCUCCCGGACCCGCCAAUCGGGCCCUUCCCCUUCGGAGGACGAUGAAUUUAGCGACUCACAGAACCCGAGCGACCAGUACACGAGCAGCAACACUGGCAAACGGCGGGCCCCGGGUCGGCCCAAAAAGAUACGGGUCGAAAACGGUGAGGAGUUUGACAUUGAGUCCAUGGUCAACCAUUUCUUGACCUUAUUCAAGCUGAACGAAUUCAACGAUUUUCGAAGGUCAGCCGGUGACAGUGAAACCGUGGCCUCGAUACUCUCGGCCUACGAUUUUCUCCGUAAAAAGCUGACUCAGCUUGAGGAAUCCAAGACCCGGGGCCCGGGGAUCGCCAGGCGGCCCGAUCUGAAAGCCGCAAAUCUCAUGAUGAGCAAAGGGAUCCGAACGAACAACUCCAAACGGAUCGGCCACUUGCCUGGUUUCGAAAUUGGUGACAUGUUCUUUUUCCGAAUGGAGCUUUGCAUUGUCGGUUUACAUGCUCCCAGCAUGGCCGGAAUAGAUUACAUGAGCAUUCGGGUCACUGCUGACGAGGAGCCUCUGGCCGUCAGCAUAGUCUCGUCCGGCGGUUACGAUGACGACAUGGACGAUUGUGACGUCUUAAUUUACAGCGGUCAGGGUGGGGUCCAGAGGAGGGACGGUCAAAUGUUUGACCAGAAGCUCGAGAGGGGGAACCUCGCUUUGGAGAAGAGUUUGCACCGCGCGAACGACGUUCGUGUCGUGAGGGGCAUAAAGGACAUUUGCACCACCGGGAAGAUUUACGUGUACGAUGGCGUUUACAGAAUACAAGAGUCGUGGGCCGAGAAAAAUAAGUUGGGAUGUAACGUUUUUAAGUAUAAGCUCAUCCGGGUGCCCGGGCAGCCCGAAGGGUUUUCGCUGUGGAAAUCGAUUCAGCAGUGGAAAGAUGGGAUUAUCUCUCGACCGGGAAUUAUUUUGCCCGAUUUGACCUCGGGAGCAGAGAGCUUUCCCGUUUCACUUGUAAACGACGUGGAUAGUGAAAAGGGGCCCGCGCAUUUCACGUACGUCUCGACUUUGAGAUACACUCGGCCUUUCUCUGUAACUAAGCCCUCGUUCGGUUGUCACUGCGUAGGUGGGUGCCAGCCUGGCGACUCGAACUGCCCGUGCACCCAGAGAAAUGACGGUGGUCUCAUUCCUUAUUCGUCUAUCGGGGUUCUUUUAACGAUCAAAUCGCCGAUAUAUGAGUGUGGGCCCACGUGCGCGUGCCCUUCGAACUGCCGUAAUCGAACUUCACAGACAGGGGUUAAGGUCCGUUUGGAGGUGUUCAAGACGAAAAACCGAGGAUGGGGGCUGAGGUCGUGGGACCCAAUUCGAGCGGGAGGUUUUAUCUGCGAGUAUGCAGGGGAUGUAAUUGUGGGGGGCGUUUUGGGAAAUGAAAAUAAUGAUGAUGACAGUUAUGUAUUUGAUGCGACUCGUGAGUAUGUGCCUUUGGAGCCUGUUUAUGACUCUUCUGGUUCGAAGAAGACUUCAUUUCCCCUUGUUAUUAGUGCUAAGAAUAAUGGGAAUGUGGCUCGUUUUAUGAACCAUAGCUGCUUGCCGAAUGUGUUUUGGCAGCCGGUUUUGCGUGAGGGUGAUAAUGAAGUUUGUUUGCACGUGGCUUUUUUUGCUGCACGUCAUAUUCCGCCUAUGCGGGAGUUGACGUAUGAUUAUGGGAAAGUUGCGAAUGGGAAUGGGGAAAAAGGGAAGAAGAAGUGUUUGUGUGGGACCACAAAGUGCAAGGGUUACUUUUAU